AAAAAAGGUGCAUCGAACGCAUAACACUCUGAACCCGGUGAUCUGCUGCUAUUGCCGCCAUGGAAGUCCACUGCGAAGACAAGCAUUCCGUGUUUGAGACGAGUCACGUGCUGGGAGCGGAGCUCUUAUCCUCACAGCUGCUCGCGCUGGCAUGGCGACAGUGCGGCCUCGCUGCAGCGGCAGGCGGCUGCCGCGGCAGCCGCCAAGGCGGACUUCACCGCAGAAGAGGUGGACGGGACCUCUACGUGGCCUUCUCUGGUGCCGGCUAUAUUCAAUCGACGAUUGGCAGCGAUUGGUUCUUCUCUGCCAUGCCACUCGCCUCCGCUUGCGGCCGUGAGCUCUUCUCCCAAUUGGUGAGCGAGGAAGGCGAUGGAGAGCCGGUGCUUGUUCAGGCUUGUGCGCUUCAACUCUUCAUCUCCAUCUUCGACACUCCUCAGUUCUGGAGACUCGUGGAGAUGAUGAAGACGGGUAAUAAGAUGGUAAUAAUCACAGGACACUCAGUUGGAGGAUCCUUAGCUUCGCUUGUCGCCCUAUACUUCCUGUGCUCUCUUUUGAACUUCUCUUCAAAACAAUCCUCCCUUCUUUGCAUCACAUUUGGGAGUCCACUCCUUGGCAAUGAGGCCUUAUCACAGUUCAUUCUUCGUGAGAGAUGGACUGGAAAAUUCUGCCACAUUGUUUCUCAGCACGAUGUUGUGCCAAGGCUUCUCUUCUGCCAACAAAAUUCCGAUUUUCCGCACCUAAUCAUUAGCCUGCUAAAAUCAUGCCAAUUCCACAUGGCUUUCCCUCUACUUCCAAAGCCUUAUUCACAGACUUCUGGUGCUAUCAAAGCUGAGCUUCAUCAGUUCUUUACAAACCAAAUUACUCCACUGUGCACCGAGCAGAUGCUCACCUGUUCUUCUCAACUAAUCAGCAAGUUCAGGCCAUUUGGAUGCUAUGCAUUAUGUUCGGCUGAAGGCAUGAUCUGCAUCGAUGACCCGGUUUCCGUAGUCCGAAUGCUUUGCUUGACAUUUAUGACAGGCUGCGCAAAAUUGAGUCUCGAGGAGGAACAUUUAUGCUAUGGUGGCUUGGUGAUGAAUGCCUCACAGCAGUUACUGCUAAAAAAGAAAAUUGAUUUGGUUGAUUGUGUUCCAAGCUCUAAUUAUGCUGCUGGAAUCUCGCUAGCACUAAAAGCCUCUGGUAUUGGAGUUGAGGACAGGAGAGCCACGGAUGCCAGAGAAUGUUUGGAGAUGUCGGUGAAAACUGGUCGAAGCCCCGCCCUAAACUGCACUAAUCUCUCUGUCAGACUAGCUAAAGUUACGCCGUGCCGUGCUCAAAUUGAGUGGUACAAGGCAUGCUGCGAUAGCGACAUGGGCUACUAUGAUUCGUUCAAGCGAAGGAAAGCGUCUAAGAGAGACUCCAAAGUGAACAUGAAUCGAGUCAAGCUUGCAUGUUUCUGGGAUGAUCUGGUUGACAUGGUUCACAGCAAUCAACUCCCUCAUGAUGUCCACAAAAGAGCCAAAUGGGUAAAUGCUGCUCACUUCUACCAGCUUCUUGUUGAGCCAUUGGACAUUGCUGAAUACUAUAGAGUUCAGAUGCACAAAACCAAGGGACAUUAUCUUGCUCAUGGAAGGGAGAGGAGGUAUAAUGUUUUUGAUAAAUGGUGGAGGGAAAGACACAAGGAGCUAUUUGAGAAGGAUGAAAGGAGGAGGAGCAAGUUUGCCGGGCUCACUCAGGAUCCUUGCUUCUGGGCGAGGGUUGAAGAGGCGAGGGAGUGGCUGGAAGAGGCGAGCGGUAAUUGCCAUGGAAAUAUGUUCAAAUUGAAGCUACUCUGUGAAAAGCUGAAUGCUUUUGAUUGUUAUGCAAGGACCUUGGUUGAGAAGAAGGAGGUGUCUGUUGAUGUUUUGGCACCUAAUUCUUGUUACAAAAUAUGGCUGGAGGAAUGGAAGGUUUUGAAGGUGAGCUUGGGAUUGCAAUUUCGAUAAUCAUCGUAUAUUCUUCUGUUUUGUAGAUAAUUAUUGAUAUGUUGAAUAGUCUUAGCUUCUGAUGUUGCAAUCAUAGAUUGCUGGUAAUCCUUGUAAUUUACUUGGUUUGAUAAAGGAACUUCAGUAAUCUUUAUUUCUGUAAAAGCUUCCAAAGACCAUGAUUUAAAUGGAUUGAAAAGCAUUUAUAAAGAUGAAUUCAUGCUAAUUCAUCUCAUGUAACAGCAGUGUAGAUUCAAAUAUCUCAAAAUUUUGACAUGAAUUAGGAUAACUU